ACUGGCGCGCUGAUAAAGACAGUCCCGCGGUUAGUUAGUGGCAAAUGAAGGCAGGCUGUGCAGCAGGGUCCCCGGGGAAUGAAUGGAUUUUCUUCAGCUCUGAUGAAAGAAGCACACGCUCUAGGAAAACAAUGUCCAACCGGGCACUGCAAAGAUCCGUCCUGCUGUCAGCGUUUGUCUUACUGCGAGCUGUUACCGGAUUCUCCGGAGACCGGAGCGCGAUAUGGACUCAAAAACAGUACGUGAGUCCGGUGAAUGCAAGUCAGCUGUUUCUCUAUGACACUUUCCCUAAAAACUUUUUCUGGGGCGUUGGGACCGGAGCGUUUCAAGUGGAAGGGAGUUGGCAGACAGACGGAAGAGGACCCUCGGUCUGGGAUCGGUUCAUCUUCACCCACCUGAGAGAUGUCAACAUCACGGACAAGUCCGCCGACAGCUACCUUUUUCUGGAAAAGGACUUGUGGGCUCUGGAUUUUUUAGGAGUUUCUUUUUAUCAGUUCUCAAUCUCCUGGCCACGGUUGUUCCCCAACGGAACAGUAGCAGCCGUGAAUGCGAAAGGUCUCCAGUACUACAAUGCACUUCUGGACUCGCUGAUACUUAGGAAUAUUGAGCCCGUCGUUACCUUAUACCAUUGGGACUUGCCUUUGGCGCUGCAGGAGGAAUACGGGGGCUGGAAAAAUGCGACUAUGAUCGAUCUCUUCAAUGACUAUGCCACAUACUGCUUCCAGACCUUUGGAGACCGAGUCAAAUAUUGGAUUACAAUUCACAAUCCUUACCUUGUUGCUUGGCAUGGGUUUGGCACGGGUGUGCAUGCGCCGGGAGAGAAGGGAAAUUUAACAGCUGUCUACACCGUGGGGCACAACCUGAUCAAGGCUCAUUCGAAAGUGUGGCACAACUAUGACAAGAACUUCCGCCCCCAGCAGAAGGGCUGGCUGUCCAUUACCCUGGGGUCCCACUGGAUAGAACCAAACAGAACGGAAGACAUGUCGGAUGUGGUGAGCUGCCAGCACUCCAUGGCUUCCGUGCUUGGAUGGUUCGCCAACCCCAUCCACGGGGACGGCCAGUACCCGGAGUACCUGCAGACGAUGCCCGACAUAACCUUGUUCUCUGAGGCGGAGAAGGAGGAGGUGAGGGGCACGGCCGACUUCUUUGCCUUUUCCUUCGGGCCCAACAACUUCAGGCCUUCAAACACCGUGGUGAAAAUGGGACAAAAUGUAUCGCUCAACUUAAGACAGGUGCUGAACUGGAUUAAACUGGAAUAUGACAACCCUCGAAUCUUGAUUUCGGAGAAUGGCUGGUUCACAGACAGUUAUAUAAAGACAGAGGACACCACGGCCAUCUACAUGAUGAAGAACUUCCUCAACCAGGUUCUUCAAGCAAUAAAGUUUGAUGAUAUCCGCGUGUUUGGUUACACGGCCUGGUCGCUCCUGGACGGCUUUGAAUGGCAGGAUGCCUACAGGACCCGCCGAGGACUGUUUUAUGUGGAUUUUAAUAGUGAGCAGAAGGAGAGGAAACCCAAGACCUCGGCACGUUACUACAAACAGAUCAUACAAGAAAACGGUUUCCCUUCGAGAGAGUCCACGCCAGACGUGCAGGGCCAGUUUCCCUGUGACUUCUCCUGGGGGGUCACCGAGUCUGUUCUUAAGCCGGAGUUCAUGGUGUCCUCCCCGCAGUUUAUCGACCCUCACCUGUAUGUGUGGAACGCCACUGGCGACAGAUUGCUGCAGCGAGUGGAAGGAGUAAUGCUAAAAACAAGGCCGUCCCACUGCACAGAUUACGUGAGCAUCAAAAAACGAGUUGAGAUGUUGGCCAAAAUGAAAGUCACCCACUACCAGUUUGCUCUGGACUGGACCUCUAUCCUUCCCACUGGCAAUCUGUCUCAAGUUAACAGACAAGUGCUAAGGUACUAUCGGUGUAUCCUGAGUGAAGGACUGAAGCUGGGCGUCUCCCCCAUGGUGACAUUGUACCACCCCACCCACUCCCACCUAGGCCUCCCUGAGCCGCUUCUGAGCAGCGGGGGAUGGCUGAACCCAGACACCGCCCAGGCCUUCCAGGACUACGCAGGGCUCUGCUUCCGGGAACUGGGGGACUUGGUGAAGCUCUGGAUCACCAUUAACGAGCCUAAUAGGUUGAGUGACAUGUACAACCGCACGAACAACGACACCUACCGUGCAGCCCAUAACCUGAUGAUCGCCCACGCCCAGGUCUGGCGCCUCUACGACAGGCUGUAUAGGCCGGUCCAGCGUGGGGCUGUGUCGCUCUCCCUACAUUCCGACUGGGCGGAACCUGCUAACCCCUAUGUGGACUCACACUGGAAGGCAGCCGAGCGCUUCCUGCAGUUUGAGAUCGCCUGGUUCGCGGAUCCGCUCUUCAAGACUGGGGACUACCCGUUGGCCAUGAAGGAGUAUAUUGCCUCUAAGAACCAGCGAGGGCUGUCCAGCUCCGGCCUGCCGCGCUUCACCCGCAAGGAGAGCAGGCUGGUGAAGGGCACCAUCGACUUCUAUGCGCUGAACCACUUCACGACCAGGUUCGUGAUACACAAGCAGCUGAACAGCAGCCGCUCUGUGGCAGAUAGGGACGUCCAGUUCCUGCAGGACAUCACCCGCCUGAGCUCGCCCAGCCGCCUGGCUGUAACGCCCUGGGGAGUACGCAAGCUGCUGGGGUGGGUCCGGAGGAACUACGGGGACAUGGACAUCUACAUCACAGCCAACGGCAUCGAUGAUCUGGCUCUGGAGAACGAUCGGAUCCGAAAGUACUACUUGGAGAAGUACAUCCAGGAGGCUCUGAAAGCAUACCUCAUCGACAAGGUCAAAAUCAAAGGUUAUUAUGCAUUCAAACUGACUGAAGAGAAAUCAAAGCCUAGAUUUGGAUUUUUCACCUCUGAAUUCAAAGCUAAGUCCUCUGUUGAGUUUUACAGCAAGGUGAUCAGCAACAAUGGCUUCCCCUCUGAACCCAGCAGCCCCGCAUGCGGUCGGCCUCCAGCGGGCACAGAGUGCACCCUCUGCUCUUACCUCACCCAGAAGAGAUCACUCAUCUUCUUCGGCUGUUGCUUCAUCUCCACGCUGGCUCUGCUGCUGUCAAUCACCAUUGUUCAUCAUCGAAAGAAAAGAAAAUUUCGGAAAGCAAAGAACUUACAAAAUAUACCAUUGAAGAAAGGCCAGAGCAGAGUUCUUUAGCUAAACUAUCAUUUCUGACAUAGUUUAAAGAUUCACUCCAGUUCCAUAUACUGGUAACUUACAAUGUGAGAGACAGCCGUAACCAAGGUGAUGACAAUCGAUGCCUUUCAGUGCGGUUCCAAUCAUUCCCUUAGGUGUUGACAAUCAGUGAAUUCAGUUCUUAGGGCUGAAGGCUUCAUCCUGACAGUAAUCCUGGGGAUGACCCCAAACAUGGCUUCAGGAAGUGUGAAGCGCUGUUUCCCAUCCUUUUUCUCUAGCUCUCUUCUGUAAAUAGCAAUCACUAUUCAUGGUAAAGGAAUUAAUUUUAAAAAGUGAAAUUUUAUUGUUUUAGACUUCCUAGUUUAAAACUGUUUUGUUGUUGUUUUUGAACAGGGUCUGUUGUGUAGCUCUGGUUGUCCUGGAACUCACAAAGAUCCACCUGCUUCACCCUUCUGAGUGCUGGGAUUAAUGGUGUACACCACCCCGCCCAGCUAAAACUCUUCUUUAAACUGGACAGUUAGUGACAUAUGCUGUCACUGCUAACAAGGUGCUCUUCUGUUUAGGUCAGAUAGUCUUCAGAUGGAAUGUAGAAACACAACAGGAUUUCAGAUCAUGUUUGUCCAUAGGUAGUUAAAGCGUAGGAUCUAAAACACACCAAUCUUAGCUUUUCUCAAAAAAUCAAACACAAAACCCGGGCAUUUCUUAAACAUUCAAUUUUGUGAGCUCUCUUAAUGGACUUGAUUGGGGGGAGGUUCAAGACGGGUGUUUUUGUCAGGCUUUCGCUAUCUUAGAACUUGCUAUAUAGACAAGGAUGAUCUUGAACUCAGAGAUCCACCUGCCUCUGCCUCCAGAGUGCUGGGACUAGAGGGGUGCCCAGCACACUCAGCUUGGACUCCUGAUUUUAAAAGUAGCUUUCAUAACUCAUUAGGCAACUAGACCCAAGUGUCUGUGAAGAGCAAGCUCACUUAGCCUUGCAGCAUAGCAAUUUCCAUUUUAUAAUAAGCCAGACAUUACCCCUGACCCUGAUUUUGAGGUGAGAAGAUUUGGCAUGUUAGAAAAGUUAAAGAGACGCAGAUUUUACUAUGGGUAAAGGUCAAAGACCUUACCGUUAUUUAGAGUCCUGCUCUGUCCCCUACAGCUUCAUAACUUCCUUAUGCACAUAGGUACUGAAUACAACUAUGAUAUCUGGAACAAGUCACUGUGACUGACGAAUCUAGCAUGUUAGUUUGAAUGAGUUAAUUUUAUUUUACCUUUUAAGGCUAGCACUAAGUAAAUCUCAAUUUGGAUAUUUUUAUAUUUAAGGAACUACACUUGAUUUGAUUACAAACACUAGGGAUGAUCUGAAUGUGUACCCAUCCACAUCCAUUCUUUCAAGUCAAAUGUGAAUAACCAUGUUACCCAGUCACUGUCAACUCUCUCCAGGACUUCAGACGUAGGAGUCCAAGAAAAGUGGCUCUUCCACAAAGAGCCUUAGUAAGAAGCCAUCCUAACAUGCAAGGUGAUUUUAACUGUACUCCAGAUCUACCUAUUGUUAGAUGUCAAAUUUAAGACACAAUUAGGAUCCCACCCCCAACGGAGACAGGGUUUCUCUAUCCCUGGCCAUCCUGGAACUUACUCUGUAGAACAGGCUGGCCUCCUAAGUGCUGGGAUUAAAGGCAUGUGCCACCACCGCCUGAUGCAGAAUUAUGAUUCUUAGUAAUCAUCACUAAUUUUCAAAAAUCAUAGAAACAGCACGUGCAAAAGUAGUCGAGUUGGAAACCGUAACUGAACUGGGCAUGACAGUGCGCACACCUUAAUCCCAGCGCUCUGAGGCAAAAGUAAUGAGAAAUAAAGUUGCUAUUGGACUA